UCCAUCUGCCCCGAGACCAGAACAGAUUAGAGAAGGAGACAAACAGGGUGGGGGAAUCGACUGACCAAAGAGGAAGCCUUAGGAGGAACAGACAAACAGACGCACACAGAUUUUCAGAGCAGCUCUAGAGAGGAGAAGAGCUUGGGAGGCUAAGAGGGACUGACCAGCUGACAAGCAUCCGCCACAACAUCAUGAGAGCUCAAGAUGUACCACGGGUCCCGCCCGUGGCUUUUCCACGAACCGGCAUCGAUAUUUUCCAGUCCGGGCAGACUGUGCUCCCUGGAUCUGUCCCCCAGCCAAAUAGCACCCUGAAGAAAUUCCUCAAGGGAGAGCCGAAGAUCUUAGGGGCCAUUCAGAUCCUGAUUGCUCUGAUGAUCCUAGGAACUGGAGUCAUUUUGAUCUGUAUUAAUCAAACCCAAGUCUUCGGUUCUUUCCUUAUCCUUUACUCGGGCUAUCCAGUUUGGGGAACAUUGCUUUUCCUCAUUUCAGGAUCCCUCUCAAUUGCAGCUGAGAGGAAAACCACGAAAUGCCUGGUGCAAAACUGCCUGGUAAUGAACAUUAUCAGUUCCAUAGCUGCAGUUGCUGGGCUCAUCAUCAUCUCCUUCUACAUAGCCAUAGAUCAGCAACCGCGUUAUGUUUGUCACACGUCACCGAAGCACAUGUCCACCUCCUGCAAGGUGCUCUCCGAUAUUUCAUCUGGGGUUGCAGCUCUAGUGUUGAUUUUCAGUUUUCUGGAAUUUUGUAUUGCCCUGAGUCUCUCCAUCUUUGGAUGCAACGUGACUUGUUACGCCUCUGAUGACAUUUUGAUUUUUCUGCCGUCAAAACCCAUCGAGUCAGAAACAAUUCAGCCGGCAAACCUCAAUGAUGUUUAGAUGCCUCGCACUCCAAGUUAUGAAGAGUUUCCCGAAAAAAGAUUUUGUUAACAGCAUGUUCACAGUUAACAGAUUUUGUCAAGUAGGACUCGAGGAGCAGAGUGAACUACUGGUAAAAACACAGGCCAGGGAGUCAGAGGACCUGAGUUCUAAUCCCAGAUUUCCUAAUUGUCUGCUGUGGGACCUUGAGUGAGUCGCUUCACUUCUCUGU